AUAAGAACUGUCGUUUGGGGGUUUAUGGGGUAUUUGGAUGGGGUUUAACAUCUCACAUAUUCCGUUUGGGGAAAAAUCUCACAGAUUUCGCAGAAAUGGGUUGAAACAUUGAUUUCUUGUUUGAUCGAAUCAGGAAAAUUUCAGGGUUUUUUUAAAAAGAUUGUUUGUAAAGAUUUGGGUUUAUUAGGAUUCGCAGCUUCGGAAUUUCCCUGCAAUUAUCCAAUUUGGAAGAGUUUCAUUUUCGUGGGCUUGGCGAAUGUAGUAACUAUGGGUAUCUUGGUAUGAAGCUUUGGUAAAAGAAUGCUAGUUUUCCAAAGUCUUUUGAAUCCUUCGUGGCAUGGUUGGUAAGAUAUGGUGUUUCGGGAGAGAUUACAUCGUGGAUUUCAUGGCUUUGAGGUGCCUCAUGCCCCGCGAUCUACCAGAUCAGCUAGGAAGAGGGGCAUCGGUUGGAGGAGAGGUGAAGAGAGUCAAAUGUGUGCAUUUGACUUGUUAGCUACCGUUGCUGGGAAAAUACUUCGCGAAGAUGAAAUUUCUCCUAUUUCGGAUACGCAUACGCUUGAAGAAAAUAAUGUUGAGCAGAGUUUCUUUCUUUCUGAGCUUGUCUCACAAGAACACAUCCUAAAUAACCAUAGGGAUAGUGUGUCACCUAUAUCUGUAAUAACAACUUCUGAUAGCUCAGACAAGUUUGCCCAUGUGGAACAACAAUUGGCAUUCAAAGACUCUUCUAGUUGUAAAUUAGAUAUUGGAGUCGGGAAACCUAGAAAACAUGAGGCGUUAAAGAAUGGUAAAAAGUUGGCUGAAAAUAAAGCCGGUAUGUGCAGUUUGGAUCUCAUUCACCCGGAUAGAAAAUCCUCUUCUUUUGUUUGUUCUGACAAUAUUGUAAAGUUGACCUUGUCUACGGAACAUAUGAGUCGGGACAAUGGACAACAUCAACAACAACCCAGUAAGGUACCACGACAAGUGGGGCCCGGGAUGAGUACGGAUUGUGUAGAGUUAGGUAAUAAUGAUGAUGACGAAAACUCUUUUUGGUGUGUCGGAGGUCAAAGGCUUGCCAAGAAGUCAAUGGCAUCUCCACACCCAAGCGCUGAUGUUGAAACAGCAAAGCAUGAUUCAAGCAGUGAUAAUAACAGCGUAUUGAACUCUGGAAGGUCUCUCAGAGAUUACCCUUUCAAGAAAAGGAAGCUCUAUGCUUGUAGUGACGCGUCCAAUUCUGACAGAGGGAAAACUAAUGAUGGAAUUUAUAGUUCUAAUUCAAAUGAUGGAAUAGAAGAUCAAACAGUGCACGAGCCAUCGAACUCUGCAGCAAGGGGACGUCCAUCCUUUAGGUCAGGUGAUUCCCGAGUGAAGCUUGGAAUCAAGUCUUUCAGAGUCCCGGAGCUUUUUAUAGAGAUUCCCGAAACCUCAACCAUUGGCUCCUUAAAGAGAUCGGUUGUGGAAGCUGUGUCUGCAAUUCUUCGUGGUAGGCUCCGCGUCGGUGUGCUUUUUCAGGGCAAGAAAGUUAGGGAUGACAGUAAAACCUUAUUGCAAACCGGAAUUUGUCAUGACAGUAAACCCGAUUCUCUGGCGUUUUCCCUUGAACCCGUUCCUUCCCAAGAGCAUCCUUAUUUACUUCCUCGUGAUGCACCUCAACCACUAAGAAGGUAUUCACCUGCUCGAAAUGUGGCUGAUAACGCACCACAACAGAGAUCAGUCAAUGCAUCUUCAGGAACACAUUUGAUCAAUUUUAUGGAAAGCGAUCGCGAUUCUGCCCCAUCCCCUCUCAGUACAUCCUCACUAGACAAACAUGCAUCGGAUUCGAGGGCGUUGGCCCCUGUGAAUGUGGUGGACCCCACACGUGCCAUAGUUCCAGCGAGGAAACCGAAGAGGUCCGAGGCAGCUCAACGCCGGAUUCGUCGGCCAUUCUCUGUUUCUGAAGUUGAGUCACUUGUCCAAGCUGUCGAGAAGCUCGGAACCGGAAGGUGGCGUGAUGUUAAGCUGAGAGCUUUUGACAACGCCAAACACAGAACUUAUGUUGAUUUGAAGGACAAGUGGAAGACGUUGGUGCACACGGCAAGAAUCUCUCCUCAGCAGAGGAGAGGUGAGCCAGUACCGCAAGAGCUCUUGGACCGAGUCUUGAUCGCUCAUGCCUAUUGGUCACACCAGCAGGCUAAGCAUCAAAUGAUGAAACAAAAGGAGGCCGAGACGUGCCUUCUUCUCUAAUACCGCAUAUAUAUAUAUAUAUAUCCAUCUCCUCGUCCUCUUUUACGCUUUGUUUUGUAAAAAAAACAUGUGUAUGAUGAUGCACUUGUAAAGUGAUUAAUAAGUGCUGGCUGACAAUUUUUUUUUCCAUCCAUAAAUAAGUGCCUUUUUUGGAUUACAUUCUAGCCAUCUUUUUGCAAAGUGUAGAGCAUAUAUAAGUUGUAAUUAAGGCAGCUUUGUUCAGCUGGUGUACAUAAAAAACAUGUCUUGUG